AUGAACCAAAUCCGCGCCAUCCAGGCGCUCAACAAGCGCGAAAUCGAAAACGGAGUACCCCCCGAAGCCUCGUGGCACACUGACUACCGCGACACUGCUUUUGUCUACUUCGGUGGCCUACCCUACGAGCUCUCCGAGGGCGACGUCAUCACCAUCUUCAGCCAGUACGGCGAGCCCGUGUUUCUUAAACUCGCGCGCGACAAGGAAACGGGCAAGUCCAAGGGUUUCGGCUGGCUCAAGUACGAGGACCAGCGCAGUACCGACCUGGCCGUUGACAACCUCGGCGGGGCCGAGAUUGGUGGGCGGCUGGUGCGCGUGGACCAUGCACGGUACAAGGUGCGAGAUGAUGAGGAUCUGGAAGAAUAUCGGAUUGGAUGGGAGGAUAUGCUUCGGCGGGAGCGAGCCGAGAAGGGCCUGCCGAGCGACGGUGGGGAGGAUGAGACGGACGAUGAGGCGGACGCAGCGUCGCGGCCAAGGCCAAUGAUCAAGGAGGAGCAGGAGUUACAGUAUCUGUUGGAGAAUCACGACGAUGACGACCCGAUGAAGGAAUAUUUGGUGGAAGAAAAGAAGAAAGAGGUGGAAGAAGCUCUGCAAAGGAACAGUCGGCGCUCAGAAAAAGCGAGCCGACGGCACAGGGACAAAGACAAGGAUAAGCACCGUCACCACCGCUCUCAUCGUUCGCGGCGAGACGGUAGUGGCGAUGAUAGAGAGGAACGUCACAGAUAUCGGGACAGAGAGGACCGGGACGACGACCGCAAGUCGAGAUCCACGAGAAACGGGGACCAGACGCCUGUCGAGGACCCAGUGGUACGGGGGAUCGGGAGAGGAAGGAGGGUCGUCGCCACCGAGAUGAUCGUGAGCAAGGCGAAGAUCGGAGGGACAGUGAUAGGCGGCGACGGCACGCUCGAGAUGGGUCACGAGACCGUGACGAGCGUCGGCAGCAUCGUGACUUGGAGGAUAGGAGACGGCAUGAUAGAAGGAGGAGUCGAGGCCGCUCGCCGCGCCCUUACCGGGAUUAAUCAAGAUGAGGAGGACUCAUGGUGA